UUAUUUUUCAGAUUUAAAGAAUAUUGACUCUUGUUGCCACUACACCUUUCUUAAUUCUCCUUCUGUUACAUUCUUGACACUCCUAAAAAAAUAAAAAAAAAGUAUUUUAUUAAUUUCAUCACCUCUUCUCAUAUUUUACUUCUUCAUAAAUAAAUUUCCCAUAUUUCCGUUUUUGGCCAUUUCUGGAUUUUGUUCCAAAGUUUAGAUUUUUUUCCAUAUUGGGUCUUGAAAGCUCGAUUUUUUCAUUGUGGGUUUCGAAUUUUUUAGUCAUUAUAUAUUUAAUAAUUUCCCAUUUUCAGCAUUUCUUGAUUUCUACUCCAAAGUGUAGAUUUUUUUUAAUUUUUUUUUUUUUCAUAUUGGGUCUUGAAAAGUUUUUUUUUUUUUUUUCAAUUUCGGGUCUUCAAUUUUUUCACUCAGUUUGGUGUAAUAAUUUCCCAUUUUCCACAUUUCUUGAUUUUGCUCCAAAGUUUAGAUUUUUUUCCAUAUUUGGUCUUGAAAAGUUUCAAUUUUUUUCAUUUUGGGUCUUUUUUUUUCUCAGUUAAUUGGUGUAAUAAUUUUCCAUUUUUCUGCAUUUCUUGAUUUUGCUUCAAAGUUUAGAUUUUUUUCCUUAUUGGGUCUUGAAAAGUUCAAAUUUUUCAUACUUGGUCUGGAAAUAAUUUCCCAUUUUCACCAUUUCUUGGUUUUGUUUUUAAAGUUUAGAUUUUUUUUCCAUAUUGGGUGUUGAAAAGUUUCAAUUUUUUUCAUUUUGGGUCCUUUUUUAGUCCCAUUUUCUCCAUUUCUUGGUUUUGUUCCAAAAUUUGGAUUUGUUUCUAUAUUAGGUGUUGAAAAGUUCAUUAUUUUCAUUGUGGUUCUUGAUCUUUUUAGUCAAUUUAGUGUAGUAAUUUCUCAUUUUUCCAAUGUGGUUUGAAUUUUGAUGCAUGUACAUAUGAAGAAUUUGUGUAUUGAUAGAUUUGAGGGGUUAAGGUAUUGGCUAUGAUUAGUGAAGUGGAGGUAAAAUGGAGGUUAGAUCUGAGAGUGAGGUACAUGUUAGAAGCGAGAAAGUACUACCAUUACAAGGGCAAAUGAUACAAAGGACUAGAUUAAAAGUUUUGUUUAUAAGAGUUUGUUCUAGUAUUUUGAUAUGGACUUGUUUGGUUCAACUUAUUGCUGUUUGGGAGCUUUAUCAACCACGUUUGUUUUCGGGUUUUGCUGUUCAUGUUGAACAGACUUUGCCUUCUCCUUUGCCUCUUGUUCCAGCUAGAAAUUAUACAAGUAAUGGGUUUCUUCAAGUGUCCUGCAAUGGUGGCUUGAAUCAAAUGCGUGCAGCCAUCUGUGACAUGUUGACUGUCGCACGACUUCUAAAUCUAACUUUGGUUGUCCCAGAGCUUGAUAAAACAUCUUUUUGGGCAGAUCCCAGCAAUUUUGAUGAUAUUUUUGAUGUGAAACACUUCAUCGAUUCACUAAGAGAUGAAGUUCGAAUAAUAAAGAGACUGCCAAAGAGGUUCAGCAGGAGAUAUGGAUACCAACCACUAGAAAUGCCUCCUGUUAGCUGGUCAAAUGAAAAGUACUACUUGCAACAGAUUCUGCCUCUCUUCAGCAAGCAUCAAGUAAUACAUUUCAACAGGACAGAUACUAGACUAGCAAACAACGGGAUUCCUCUUGAGCUUCAAAAACUCAGAUGUCGAGUGAAUUUCCAGGCACUGAAAUUCACUCCAGAUAUUGAGGCUUUGGGAGAAAAAUUGGUAAAGAUGCUUCAGGAGAGAGGGCCAUUUGUAGCAUUGCAUCUAAGAUAUGAGAUGGAUAUGUUGGCAUUCUCUGGUUGCACCCAUGGCUGCACUAAUGAGGAAGCUGAGGAGCUCAAACGGUUAAGGUAUGCAUUCCCUUGGUGGAGGGAGAAAGAGAUUGUAUCUGAAGAGAGGAGAUCUCAAGGAUUGUGUCCCCUCACCCCAGAAGAAGCAGCUUUGAUUCUGCAAGCAAUGGGUUUUGAAAAAGACGUACAAAUAUAUAUUGCAUCUGGUGACAUUUAUGGAGGUGAGCGGAGGCUUGCUGCUUUGAGAGCUGCCUUCCCAAAGAUUGUGAAAAAGGAGAUGCUGCUAGAGCCUGGGGAAUUGCGGCAUUUCCAGAAUCAUUCAUCUCAGAUGGCAGCUCUGGAUUUCAUAGUGUCAACUGCUAGCAGUGUAUUUGUUCCUACUUAUGACGGAAACAUGGCUAAAGUUGUUGAAGGUCAUCGUAGGUAUCUUGGGUUUAAGAAAACCAUUCGAUUGGAUCGGAAGAGACUGGUAGAUCUAUUAGAUUUGCAUCAAAACGGAACACUUACAAGGGAUGAGUUUACAGCUGCAGUGCGGCAGUUACAUGAGGGACGAAUAGGACAGCCAGCUCGACGUAGAGUUAUUGCAGAGAAACCAAAAGAAGAAGAUUAUUUUUAUGCAAAUCCACAGGAGUGUCUGUGUGAGAGUAAUACCUGUGAUGACUUGUUUGGCCCUGAGAAUUCAACCGUAGUCCAAUGAGAUAUGUCUUGCAUGGAUAGUUACUCCAUAGUACUGCACAGGCGUUUCAUGAAGAAAGCAAAGGGAAAGGCGUAAAGUUGUUGGUAGGCACACUCGAGAUCUGUUAGCAAAAGGCCAAAAUGUGGCCUUAGGUCAACGGGGCAUUUUGGGGAGGUGUUUUGUCAUAGAUAGGUAGUUUAUAACUGGGAGAAGCAAAGAGAAAAAGAAUGCAGAAACCAAAUGUCUCAUACUUAUCAAAAAGAAAAGAAGUGUCAUGUUACUGUAUUCAUUCAUUUUGUUCAUAUAUGUUUUUAUUAUCUCUUCUAGUUGGACAGUGUUGAUUGUACCUGAUACCACAGUAAUUUACAGGAAGAUGGCCCUUUUUACAAUCAA